CAAAUUUGACAGCUAUAUAUAUUGUUACAGUUUGCCUUGUGGUGGCAUUCAGUAUCAUCGUUAUGUUGGGACCGAUGGCACUAAUAGCGUUUCUACUUUUGGUUGAAACCAAAGUUGUACAGGAGUUGUUCAACUUACCAGCUUGUACACCGGAUGGCAAAAGCCUGAAGAAGUACGCUUGGAUAAGCUGGUAUUUUUACAUCAUUGCAGCACUUUAUGUAGUGCCGGAUGCCAUACUCUCGCACUUCUCAGAAAACAGUAUAGGAAAUUUAAUAUCGAACAAAAUUUGGCAUUGGUACAUCUUUACGUUGUAUUGUGCAUACUGUUAUGGAUUUUGCCAAUCUGUGCGUGCCAUGAAUACAGGCUCAUGUCAGCUUGAGCUGCAACGAUUUUGCUGGGCUCAUAUGGUUACUCUUUGGACUAUUAUUCAGACUUACUUUGUGAUUCGUAAUAUUAUGGCUGGCUUAGUGUGGUAUGUCUUACCCGUUACACUUGUUGUUUGCAACGAUAUAUCUGCGUAUGUGUGCGGGAAGCUGUUCGGAGUCACCCAGCUCUGCAAACUUUCUCCGAAGAAGACAUUGGAAGGAUUCAUAGGCGCAGCCAUUAUAACACUUGUCUUUUCUGUUCCUCUGGCGCAUUUGCUAGCACGACAUUGGUAUCUAAUUUGCCCAGUGACGAGCCUGAAGGUGACAAUCUGGCACAAGCCAACGUGUAUACCGUCUGCAGUACUCACCCCAAAGGAAAUCGAACUACUUCCUGAAAUAUUGAAGCACAGUAUGAAUCAUAUGUUGAAUGUCAACCUAUCAUUUACAGUGGCCUACAAUGACUUCCAAAUUCACGCUCUGGUAUUUGGCAUAUUCGCGUCAUUUGUUGCUCCAUUUGGCGGUUUAUUGGCCAGUGCAAUUAAGAGGGCCUCCCAAGUCAAGGACUUUGGCUAUACUACAUGGCUAUCAUUUCCAACUGUGCGUGGUGAACAAUAA